AUGGACGUAGACCCAAAGGACACCAAACUUGUCAAGGUCCAGGAGAAACUGGCAAAGCUGUUGUCCAUGGUCAAACAAGAGCGUAAGGUCUGGAAGGAGAUGGAGGCACUAUUGGCUGAGAAGGAGGCCCAACUGACCACCAAAAACCCACCACAAGCUCCAGCUGCGCCAGUCAAAGGCCCCAAGUUUGGCGCCCCCAACAAGUUUGAUGGCACUUGCGGAGCCAAAGCGGAGGUUUUCACAAACCAGGUCAAUCUCUAA